UGGACAUCUCUGGACCCGGACGCUGAACGAACGGCACGCAGGUAGGAUCCGUUUGGAGUGGUAUUAGUGAUUAAACAACCAAAUCCAGGCAAUCAGGCAUCGUCUUCAGACUCGCACCUCUCUCUCUCUCUCUCUCUCAAUUAGGGCUUGAAUCUCUUUCUCGGCGAGAAACAUGUCAAUUCACACGACAUCACUCGCUUUACUCACCAUCUCGUUUCUUUUACUCACCUUCAAUCCAAGCCUCGCUCACAACGCUGGAUCCUGUGCUGCUCACGACCACGAUAACGACGUGCACGCUCACGCUCACGCUCACGCUCACACUCACACUCAACAAUGUAAUCACGGACAUCACCACCACUAUGAUCAUCAUCACGAGGAGUCUCGGUGGAAGCUUCCGGAAGAGUUAGCUGAAGAGGAGGAACUCAAAUUAGGAUAUGAUUUUUACAAUUACGAUCAGGACGAUUUUGAUACUCCGGACCUUACUGGAUUAGGUCUUUGGGUCAAUGCGAUGGGCUGCUCACUUUUGGUCAGCUUGGCUUCGCUUAUAUGCCUGAUUAUAUUGCCAUUAAUCUUUGUACAAGGAAAGCCUUCAAAGACAAUUGUUGAUGCAUUGGCUGUAUUUGGGGCAGGUGCUAUGCUAGGGGAUGCUUUUCUUCAUCAGCUACCUCAUGCAUUUGGUGGAGAUCACACUCAUUCACAUGAUCAUCAAAUGGACCAUGGCCAUCAUGUUCAUUCAGAAAAUGGACAUUCACAUUCACAUUCACAUUCUAUACAAGAUCUAUCUGUCGGGCUGUCCAUACUGGCUGGUAUUGUUCUGUUUCUCCUGGUAGAAAAGGUAGUGAGGUAUGUUGAUGAUGUGUGUGGAGAAGCCAAUGCACCCAGUCAUGGCCAUCAUCACCAUCAUCGUAAGAGCAGCAAAAAGUUGAAGGAUGACAAAGAUGCUACUGACGAUGAUCUUCAGGUUCCAUCUGUCACUAAAAAAGGUGAAAACCUAGCGAAGGGGUCCUCAGAAGGUACAGAGUUUGACAAAAUCACUGAUGACUGUGCAAAUGGAGAACGACAAAGUGGAAUUGCCGUUCUCAGAAAGAGAAACAUCACUACCGGUGGUGCAGAAGAACAACCAAACAUGGAUGAUGUAAAGAAUAUUAGCAGUAGUGCAGAACUCAUGGAUGUCAAAAAACUUGCCGAGUCUCCCUCAAAUCUUGUGUUUGGUUAUCUCAACCUUUUCUCUGAUGGUGUGCACAAUUUUACUGAUGGGGUGGCUUUGGGGAGUGCAUUUCUUCUUUAUGGAUCUGUAGGUGGGUGGUCAAGAACUCUAUUCUUGCUUGCUCAUGAGCUUCCUCAGGAGAUUGGUGAUUUUGGUAUAUUGGUAAGGUCUGGAUUUAGUGUCUCCGCAGCUCUAUCUUUCAACUUCCUUUCUGCUCUGGCCGCACUGGCUGGAACUGCAUUGGCAUUGAUGUGGGGACAAGAUCCUGGACAGUCAUCUUUAAUCGAGGGAUUCACGGCAGGAGGGUUUAUCUAUAUUGCUGUUGCUGGGGUGCUUGCAGAAAUGAAUAACGGCAGCUCAUCGUUGAGAAGUACAGCAAUUCAGUUAACCUCUUUAAUCCUGGGCAUGACCGUAGCCCUUUUUAUAUCUCUUUAUGAAUGAAAUUGCUACCUACAAGACUUCUAAUCUGUGGGGUAUGAGACCAACUUACAAGGAACAUUGUAAGGUCCGAAAGGAUGGAGACAUACUGUAGUAGAGAAUUUUGACAAAGUGUGAACUGCUUGAUACUGCAGUCAGAUUGGAAAAUGUACGCAUAGCAUAUGCAACAAUGUUGUAACAAUCUCUAGGACAUACAAGUAAAAUCUAGCUUCUCCCCAUUGAAUGUAUACGUUAUUGCUGGCAAAUUGUGACACUCAUGUUUUGGCUGUAACUCUUUAGUGCUUGAACGAGUGAAGGCAUUUUAUAACAGAAGCAUAACAAAAUUGCAUCGAAAUCAGAGAAAUUGACAGCCAAGGAAAGAAGACCAGAUUAUUCUGUGUAUGAAACAAAUGGUUUGAUGGUUUCCACCUCUCCGAUUAAUGUUUGUUUCGUUUCACGAGUUUUCUUUCUUACAGUAAAAACAAACUACUGUACGAAACUGAUUAUGUUGUGUAAUGAUGUUUUAUCAUGAAUUUCAGCAAAAAUCACAUUGAUUAGUUA